AUGAGUGAAAAUUUGGUAGGGGAGGAGCAAGAUGAACUCCUAAAACAUUUGGAACGCUGGAGCAAAAAUCCUGUACAUCUUCGGACGGCGAGUUCUUCCGUCUAUAGAGACUCCUCCGUAAAUAGCACUAGUGAUCGAUACUUUGAGGCAGGCACACAGAAUGAAGUCGACUCACGCUCUGUUUUCGUGCGAAACAUCUCACUUAGCGUAUCCGCUAACUCUUUGGAGGAACUAUUCAAGACUUUCGGUACCAUCAAUCGAUUGACACUAUACAGCAAGAGAAUAAAAGACACCAUCAAAGGCUACGCGUAUAUUGAAUUUGAGUCUUCAACAGCAGCUAACAAAUCCCUUGUCUUGAAUAAAACGGUGAUGGGGGGGCAAAACCUCGAAGUGAAGAAGAAAAGGACUAACGUUUCUGGCUGGGAAAAAGCAAGACAUGACAAGAAGACAGCGCGUUGA